AUGUCUCCAGAAUCCGCGUCCCUGUUUCCUGAGCGGCCGAUUCGCCCUCUCCCCAAGCGCCGGCUCCGGGAGCGACUAUCACCAGAUGUUGCCGAAGCCAUUAAAUACCCUCCGGCACCCCACAACACAGCUCCCCUGUUCUACUAUCCGUACAACUUGAAGGACGAAGCAAGAGCUGGAGGCGACCAUUCAAACGUGGGAAAUCGCGAGGGCAUGCCUGCCAUGGUUCAGGAUGGUGGACUGCGCAGAAACUUAGGUGGCGAGCUUGGCGAUGACGGACUGAUGUACCCAGCCAGGCGAGUUGCAUUGUCACGGCCUUUCCACGACAGCCACUCCAUGCGCACUUCGCAGAGGCAAGGUUCAGGCCGGCAUCCCAACCCACAAGCGCCCCCUUCUACAGCGUCGUCCGCGGAUGGCUAUGAUUCCUUCGAGAACACUAACAACAAGAAAAAGCGGAAGAUCCCGACGGCAGGAGAGACAGCCCUCAAUGGGGCUCACGUGCUCACCGAUGCGAGUAUCCUCGGCAUCCCCUCUCCUCCUUCGACAAGCGAUGAGGGUCCUGGGGAUCUGGCGACAACACCCUACUACCAAUCGGGAGGCACUCAGACUGUUGGUCAGGGCAUUUCGGGGCCGGGCAGAGGCAGAUAUGGUCGAGCUCGAAAUGGCAGAAGUCCUCUACGAGCAUUGCCAGAUCUUAACACUGGCUGGGCUGGCAGGAACGGCAAGCUGAGACCUGGUGGCCACUAUCCGUCUUCUCCUACAGGCGAAACUGGGAUUAUUUCGCAUGCUAUUGCCAGCGCAGGAAAAAACUUUAUGCCCGAGGGUCAAGAGAACAGUAUUUUGCCCAAGCAAACUUCGACUAAGGCCAAUACAACUUCAGCACAGUUCACAUUCACCUUUGAUUCCCAGGUCCCUGGAACCGUAUCUUGGCCAGGAUCCGACCCUGCUCCUUCGCACAUGAUGACUGGAAAUCACAAUCAGCAAACUGUCGCCCAGAGUGACUUCCGCUCUCCACACAGCAACACCCAAGGCAACCAGGCAGGUCAAGCAUCCCUCGGUGGCUCAGCUGCUACCAUUUCUGGAGCCCCGCCAACUGGAGGAAAGCAGGGCCAUGCAAUAAACGCCCCGCCGAAGAAAUCAAGGCGUCGAGGCAAUGGCCUACUACGCCAGGCCAAGCAACGACGCGAAGUGGCAGAGCUACAGAACUACCAUCACCCCCCAGCACCUGGAGAUGUCUGGAUCUGCGAAUUCUGCGAGUAUGAGCGUAUCUUUGGCCAUCCUCCCGAGGCUCUGAUUCGGCAGUACGAGAUCAAGGAUCGCAAACGCCGCCGAGAGGAUGCGCAACGCCGCAGACUUUUGGAGAAGGCAAAACAGAAAUCAAGAAAGGGCAAGAAGGCGAGCAAGCUGCCAGCGAAGAACAGUGCUCCGGUUCAAGAUCGCAAUACCGCCCCUGCAUCUGUACACCAGGCUCCCAAUCAAGAGACCCAAAGUGAAGAGUUUGAUGAGGACGACUGCUAUGGAGAUGACGUCCAUGAAGAGAACUGCCCAGCCCUGGUGGUCCAGAAUUCCAUGAGGCACACAACUACAUGUGGAAAUACCGGCGCCAGUGGGAUGGAAGAAGCAGGCGGCGGGGGCAAUUACAUUCCCGUGUCCUAG